UUUUAUGCAGUAACGAUUGAAUGUUCAUAUCCUCUUUUGUGAACACCUCUUUCAACUGACCCAGAGUAAAAUCACAUACAGCUCAGUAAUUUACGAAUCCGCAACAUUACAUUUUUUAAUUUGAAAAAAUAAAUAUUUAGUUAAAAUCAAAUAAGUUAAAGCAUGAAGUUGUAUUGUCUUAGUUCCGAUCCGGCCAAGCCAUGUUAUAUAUUAAGCUACAAAGAGCUGUUGAUUAUGCUGGAUUGUGGUUUAACCAUUAGUACCGUUCUUAAUUUUCUUCCAUUGUCUUUGGUUCAGAGCUCUAAAUUUGCCUCGUUGCCGAAUUGGCUCCCAAGAGACUCUCACGAUCAAGCAGAUGGCGAACUUAAAGAGUGUUGCGGUAAGGUCUUUAUUGAUUCAGCGCCGGAGUUUCUCAGCCCAAUGGAAAACAUUGUAGACUUUUCUGAAGUUGAUAUUAUUUUAAUAUCUAAUUAUUUGAAUAUGCUUGCGUUACCAUACAUAACCGAAGGAACCAACUUUAAGGGAGUAGUUUAUGCCACAGAGCCCACUUUGCAAAUUGGACGAUUCUUUUUAGAGGAGUUGGUAGAAUACAUUGAGGCAUCGCCUAAAGCCAAUACAGCUUACAAAUGGAAAGGAAUUUUGCAGAAUCUACCAUCUCCUCUGUGUGAUGCACACAAACCCAAAAAUUGGAAGCAUAUGUUUAAUAUGGAUGCUGUUAACAAGAGUUUAUCACGAGUCCAUUUGGCAGGUUAUGACGAAAAAAUUGAUAUUUACGGGGCACUACAAGUUACAGCAAUUAGUUCCGGCUAUUGUCUCGGAUCGUCUAAUUGGAUUAUAUGCUCAGGACAUGAAAAAAUAUCUUACAUAUCUGGUUCCAGUACGCUCACUACACAUCCACGCCCGAUCAACCAAACGGCCUUAAAAUAUUCAGAUGUUGCUAUAAUGACUGGAUUGACACAAGCUCCUCAUGUUAAUCCCGAUGGUAUGUUAGGUGAGCUUUGCAUGAACGUGGCUGUAACACUUCGCAGUGGAGGCAGCGUACUAAUACCAUGCUAUCCAUCGGGAGUAGUUUACGAUUUGUUUGAAUGCCUCUCAACAAACUUGGACAAUGCUGGUUUGUCACAAAUACCAAUGUUUUUCAUAUCACCGGUAGCAGAUUCGUCUCUUGCAUACUCCAACAUACUUGCAGAGUGGCUAAGUUCGGUGAAGCAAAACAAGGUUUAUAUACCGGACGAGCCUUUUCCACAUGCGAGUUUGGUGAAAAAUUCUCGAUUAAAACACUUUCAGCAUAUUUACUCAGAUGGCUUUAGUUCAGAGUUUCGCCAGCCUUGCAUUGUAUUUUGUGGACAUCCUAGUCUUCGUUUCGGAGACAUUGUUCAUUUCAUAGAAUUAUGGGGCUCAAAUCCUUUACACACAAUCAUUUUUACUGAGCCAGAUUUUCCUUACAUACAGGCUUUAGCUCCAUUUCAACCUCUUGCAAUGAAGGCAGUUUAUUGUCCCAUCGAUACUUCUUUGAAUUUUCAGCAGGCAAACAAACUCAUUAAGGAACUCAAACCAGGAGUAUUAAUAAUUCCGGAAAGCUACACAGUACCGCCACCAAUGAUGCCACAGAAACUUGAACUAACUAUUGAUCAAUGUACUGAUCGCCAAGUCAUUACUUUUAAUCGGGAGCGUGUAAUAAAGCUUCCGCUCAAAAAUAUAAAUGUGAAAGUAAAUUUGAGUAACGAUAUAGCAAAAACAUUACAACCUCGAGAAAUUCAACCAGGCAUAAACGCAGUACCACUUACAGGUCUUCUAGAAGUAAAAGAUAAUAAAUAUUCAAUAAAAGCACUAAAUGCAAAAGAAAUGCAACCUCUUAAACAAUCUAGUGGAACAAGAGCCAAAAUCGAAUUGGGCUCAAUUGACGUUGAUCUAUUGCUGAAAAAGUUGAAACAAGAAGGUCUCUUGUUGAAUUGUGAGCAAAAGCGACCGGGAUCGUAUAUAAUAACAAUAGGAUCAGAAGAUACAACAAUCAAUAUAGACGAACAUUCAACGCAUUUAAUAUGCAAGGGAAAACCUACAAUGAGAUUAAAACUAAGAGAUUUGUUAUUACAAUGCAUACAAUCAUUAUAACCUAAGAUUAUCUCUUAAAUAAAUUAAAAAAUUUUCAUAAGUA